CAUAAACAGCUCGUCAACCACCUCGGUAGCUUGCUAGCCAACAUAGCCGAAAGAUUCCAGCUGUUUAUACGCUUUCGGCGUAUAUUAGCUAAUAUGUUUUAGACACACUUCUAUCGUAUCUACUUGUUAACCUAUUUAAUUUAAUAUUACGUAUUUUUUUAUUAGUCAGCUAUAGUAGCUGGCUGUGUAAGUUAGCACUAGCAUGGUCACUAAUGAUAGCUAGCUAGCUAGCUAGCUAACUAACAUCUCCGAACAUGAGCUCCCUAAACUUCUCCCCUCCUGUUAAAGAAGAGGAAGUCUGCUGGACGGAGGAAGAGGGUCUGUGGCUGAACGUUGUCGUGAAAGAGGAGGAAGAGGAUGUCAAAAUACAAAAACAAGUGGAGGGUGAGGCUGUUACAGUGAAAGAAGAAGAGAAAGACUCGUUCGGAGUCAAAGAGGAGGUUGUUACAGUAAAAGAAGAGGAGGAUGCAGUUUUUGGAGUGAAGAAGGAAGGGGAGAUUACUGUCACAUUGAAAGAUGAAGAAGAGGAGAUAGGAUAUCUGAUUAACACCAGAGAGAGACCAGACUCUCACUAUGACAGCAGGAAGAGUCCUUCAGGGAAACCAGACCCAGAGACACCCAAACCAGCGAGACAACACCACUGCUCCCAUUGUGAAAAGAGUUUGCUGGUUAGGGAACCUAAAACGCCAUGAGAGGAUACACACAGGAGAAAAGCCAUACCACCGCUUCCAAUGUGAAAAGAGAUUUUCCAGAUCAGGGGACUUAAAACCUCAUGAGUGAAUUAGUGAAUAGACACAGAGCUUAAUGAAAGAGGCGUGACUAUCUUGGAUCCUCUGGGGAGCCUCAACAACCUCAUGAUGCUGACGAGGCAGAGAAAGGUCUCUCCAGAUCUGAACUCCUCAAGAAGCACCAGCAGAGACCCACAGGGAAAAAAUCUCACUGCUGCUCUGACUGUGGGAAGAGAUUCACCUCCUCAGCAGGCAUUACAAUUCAUCAAAGAAUCCACACAGGAGAGAAACCUUAUAGCUGUGAUCAAUGUGGGAAGAGAUAUCUUACAUGUAGCAGUCUAACUAAACACCAGAGAACACACACAGGAGAGAAACUUUUUAGCUGCUCUGACUGUGGAAAGAGUUUUGUUUCUUCAGGAUGUUUAGAAUCACACCAGAGAACACACACAGGAGAGAAACCUUAUAGAUGUGAUCAAUGUGGGAAGAGUUUUGUUACUUCUAGCAGUCUGACUAAACACCAGAGAACACACACAGGAGAGAAACCGUAUAACUGUAAACAAUGUGGGAAGACUUUUAGUCAGUCAUUCAGCCUGAUAUCACACCAGAGAACACACACAGGAGUGAAACCUUAUAGCUGUGAUCAAUGUGGGAAGAGUUUUGUUACUUCUAGCAGUCUGACUAUACACCAGAGAACACACACAGGAGAGAAACCUUAUAGCUGUGAUCAAUGUGACAAGAGAUACUCUAGCAAAAGAUCUCUGAUCAAACAUCAGAAAAAACAUACAUGAAAGAGUUGUUUCACGAUAUCAAUUAAAUAAAAUCUCAAAAUGUAGAAUGUUUUAACAUUGUAGUAGGAGUAUUUUAAUGAAGUCACAAUGUAGAACCCUAAACGUUUGCCCCCUGUUCAAUUGAUUUCAGCGUGAUAUGGAUAUUAGCCUCGGGAGAAAUCCAGGCUCUGAAAUGGAAGAGUACUAUUUAUGUGGUCUAACAAAAAGUGACUAACAAAAAAAGAGUUGUGUUGCACUUACCGUGUUGGCGACCCACUUGAAUCAAUAUGUAGCUAGCUGUUUUCUACAAGUUGUCUUCUAACCAGUGAUGUACACAUUAUUCCCAGAUUCUGUGUGGUUUUUGAGCUGUUAGUUUGAUGAGUGAUGACAAAUAAGUGUUCCAUUUCUCCAAAAUGUAGCUGACUGUCUUCUGCAGGUUGUCCUCUAACCAGUGAGGUAACAGAUAUCUCCCAUUUCCAUUUGUUUUUUUAGCUGUGUUAGUUUCAACAGCACGUACAACCUGAUUUCCCCCCUAAUCGAAAUCAGGGAUUUAUUGCUACUCGUCAAAACAACAGUGUUUCUGGUGCUUGUGCAGUUUAUAAGGUGCUUGUUUAAAAAAUACAAGUAAUAUGAUUAUUGUGGCAGAUGUUUGUUUAUAUUGUACAUGUUAUGUUUUCAAUAUAUCACAACCUGUUUCUGCAUAUUGGUUAUUGAUUUGGACACGUUAAAACUGUGUUUUGACAUUGGGGCUAUCCCACCAAAAUAGCAAAAUGUUGUU